AUGUCUCCUGCAGAGAGGCUGAAGGUGCUCGUUUUCUUGGCCUUGUUCUUUGGAGCGGUAGGAUUUCUCUUCACGCUGCUCUCCUGUGGGACGGAGUACUGGCUGCUGGCUGCUGAGUCCUGCAGCCGGACAGAAGACGGCUACGGAGGAAGAAGAAGCACUGAGGCUGUAAACGAUGUGAGGGUCUUCCAUGAGGGUUUAUUUUGGCGGUGCUCCUUCGUAGCUGUUUCUGAUGAACUCUCUAUAUGGGACCUUUGGAUUUCAAAUCAGCCUCCAUCAAAGAUCUGCAAUGCUGCUUUCCUCUUUCCAUUUCCUGUUAAUGAGCCAAUGAGAUCACGGGUGGAGCCGCACAGUCUCCCCAUAGAACCGUAUGAACAUCACUCUGCUAUUGUUUUUAGGACCUUCUGGAGCAUCUUCCUGGUCACAGGCCUGGGGAGUGUUGUCAUUGGAGGAUUUGUUGUUGUCUGUGCCGGCCCACUGACCAAUCACAGACUCUAUAAAGUGGGCGGGACCCUUCUGCUUUGUGGAGGUCUGUGUCUGCUGGCAGUGCUGGUCAUGUAUCUGAUGUGGGUCCAGGUCCUGGACACUCUGGAGCAGUUCACUAACCAUCAGAGAGUCUCCACCUGCCCCUCCUUCCAUCUCAGCAUCGAGCACGGCCCUUCGUUCCUCCUGGCUCCAGUCUCUGUCUUCUUCUGCCUGCUGGCCGGCCUGCUCUUCGUCCUGAUUGGUCGGAGCAUUCAGGAGAUCCAGCUAGAUAAAGGAGACAAAGUUCCUGAACUUCCAGCAACUGAUAUUGAUCUGUAA